AUUCCAACCGAGUUAGUUGAGUUUUAGAAGUUGAAUGGUCAAAAUCAGAAAUCGCGCUCAUGUUGCACAAAAACGGAAAAUAAAACUAAAUUAAAUAAAAAAUAAAUAUUAACCAAUAAAAAAAAAUAAAUAAAUAACAAAGUGACAAAAAAUAAAAAUGUGCGGAGAAUGUGACUGGCAUAACAAAACCAGAGUAUUAGUGUAGAGGGCAUAUGGCAGAUAUAGUGUUGCAAUGGUAAAUUCUGCUCUCAUGAUGUUUCUUUCCUUCUCCUCAAUAUAUCAAAAAAUGUUACAGUAUUCAGCUAUUCUACAAAAAUGUCAAAAGUUAAAGUUGGUUUACAGUAUUUAAAGUGAGGUGACUGUGUGCAAAUUUCUUUAUUUUACUAAUUUUUGUGUUAAUAAAUAAAUAAAUAAAAUCAAAAAAAGACCAAAUUUAAUCAAAUCAUAAAAAAGUUGAAAUCGAACCAUAACGAAAAAAAAAAUUAUAUUAAAAGAAAUUUAGUGCUCUAUAUGUCGAUAUCCUAGCUGCGUCCCAUCAGUAGUAGCUGCUGUACUGCAUUUUCCUCGCUUAUCGUCCAUGCAUACCGGAAAUUGACACGCAAAUAAGUCAACAAAUAAACACUCACCACCAACUGCGAGCAAACGGCCACCCAAAAACGAACACAGGCUGGCCAGUCAGUCCGCCGAGGACAAUAAAGAGUUUCACAUUGUAUGGAAACGCAACCAUUGUUUUCAUCAACCAAUAUUUGUGUGCUGCCAUUGUGAGUGUGUGACGAGGAGCCACUGGCAGACGUGCGUAAGAGACUCCAUUAGUGGCGUAAUUUCUGUUGGCAUACAACGUGGCAUCGAAGUGACUUACUAAGGUACCGUUACAGUUAACGGUGGGCUAAGUGAGCUGGGAAAAAUCUGUUGGCUGUUGCCUCAGCGUAAUUUUCAGGAAUUAGCAGUGAUUAUGGCCAAGGAUUCAGCUUCAUCUCGCAUACCGCGCCUAGAUGGCGCCUCACGUAUUCCAUUACCCGGCAGCUUGCGACCACCCAGCUCAACUGCACAGACCGUUACCGGUAUAGCAGCACGUACAACGCAAAUUUUUCAGCGCGCAUCCACAGUUGGAUUCCAACAGAAACGUCCCGCAACUUUGGCUGGUCUGCGACCGUCCAUUGUGAGCGCGAAUUCACUUAAACGCAGCGCAUCCGGUGAUCACAUCACCAACGCAGUCAACUUGGUAACCAAGAAAACCACUACAGCAAUUAAAAAAUGGAUAGGAAGGCCGGAGAAAAUGCCUCCACCGACUGCAGUCCCUAAGAUGGCACAAAUCGAGUCGCAAACCAAAACUAAACGAAAACAAGCACCACAAAUGGAUGACCCAGUUCCGGAUCUGGCUCCGAAGAAUGAAUAUUUCUGUACACCACGGCCACUCACGCGCUCCGAUACAUUUGUACGCACCGACAGUCCCGACGACAUUACACAGUUCGCACCAAGCUUGCUUACACAAUCUACACCAGCACCACCCACUACCGGGUCGCUUACAACCACACGCAUAACCCGUCCACCGGAUAUCAAUGAGACAACGAAAUUGCUAAGCAACAAUACGCGUCACGCACUAUACACCACCCAAAGUCUGGAUAUCAGUCUAUUCAAUCCAGCGGCACAACUAGGCGAAACGUUUGAAACAACCAUGAAACGUACAAUGACGCUCGAUGAAACGAAAGAAGAUGUGACCUAUCGCUAUUCACCGCAUGCAAGACAAACAAUACUGAAACCCAAUCUUACUACAACCUUGAAUGUACCCGCCUUACUUGGUCAAACUAUGAAUGUGGUCUCCUCUGCGGAAACUUUUACACUGAAGUCCCAGGGGAUCUCUAACGCCACCACACUCUUGGACACUACACCAGCUAUGGGUGGAACGAGAAUCGUUGACUCUGCUGAUGCAAUCUCACCCAUUACUAAUGCCACUUACUCAAAUCCUGAUUCGCUGGAUAAUCUACAGUUAUUGGAAGACGUGUCUGCGCCGUCUGGUUUCUUAGAUAUGGAUCUAACAUUACAAUCAGAGAGUGCGAGCGAACAUGAAAAGACCCGCGACAAUUUAUUAGACUGUUCCGUCUCCUCAGAGCCAGAUGAGAUGAAUAGUACGCUGAAAGCGUUGGCGCCAGAAAAAGCUCACAUGAAACUGCCACUCAACUCGACGCUAAAUACCGAAAAGUUGCUGGAUCUCACCACCGACAUGCUUUCGCCGUCGAAUCGGGAAAUUCACAUGCUGAACCUGACCAAAGAUUAUCUGGGCUCAUCGCACAUUAGUUCGGGCAAUACCAGUCAGCUGCUGUACAUGACCCAACAGCAAAAUACUCUUACUGAUCACAACACGCCUGACUACAACCCCGUAAAGAAAUUGCAGGAAAAGAAGCAUUUACUAACUUCACCUCAACUAGCACUCAAAAGUGCCCACAGUGAUUUGGUGCUGCCCACGCGCACCCCAGAUGACGAGCCACUAAGCAUGCCAAUGGAAGUCGAUGCGAACACAUUGCUGGCAAUGGGUUCACGCACAGAAGAGUUCUAUGCAGCGCGUGAAGGUAAACAGGGUCAGGCGGUGGGCAUCGCCACAUCGCUGCAGGAUGUCAACAAUCCGAAUGUGAGACAGAAAUCACGUUACUCUUUCGGUUUGGAUCUCACCGAGUCCACACUCGAUUGCUCAAUAGAAUUGGUGGAUGUGUCACUUUCUUCGAGCGCUGCUCUGCAUCCGACUGCCCACAAUACCAUGGCUGCUCAUCCACAAUCGCCUUCUUUGCACGCCCAACCACAACACCAGCAGGCAUUGAGGCGCCAAACUUCUUUUGAGUUGGAUGAAAGUCUGGGUAUUUUGACACCCGACCAGAUGAAGGAGUUUCUAGACUCGUCUAACACUAACAACACAAACAACUUGGAAUUGCCUCUAGCGCAUAACGGCAAUAAAAUGGUAAUUCAUCAUAUGCGCAUUGAUCAGACGCCAUCACCGGAGGAACUGCCACUUGAUCCUGUUGAGGUAAAGACUGACGUCACAGAACUUUUACUGUCACAGCAACACCAACAUCAGCCGAAUAUUUUUGAGUCGUCUAUAAAUCUGCAACACCAGCAACAAUUACAGCAGCGUCAGCAACAGUUACAGCAACAACAACUGCAGUCUAGCUCAAUCAGUACUGCUGAACCGGUCUCCACACACACAGACACCGACAUGUCAUCUAAAACGUCGGACGCAAUGACCAAAUCCAAUGUAUCGAAGAUUUCGACCAGCUUUAUCACUAGCGUUACCAGUGUAACAAGUUUAGACACUGGUUAUCAGGGCGAUGGUGAAAUGUCACGACCUGCUUCGCGCGGCGCCUGUGACCACUCACCUUCAAAUGGGCCUACGGCACGCAAAUGCGGCCACGUUUCACGUCAACCUAGCUUUAAUCAACAAUUGCAGCAGCAACAAAUGCCACUAGUGCGCCGCCAAGAUCCAAUGACGGACUCAGAUUUUUUCACUGAAUCCGAUGCGGAUGACAUCUUUCAUCGUGGCGAUCGACGCGCGCAAGUAAUCGAUGGCCAAUUGUAUGGGCCGAUGCUGCAGCCAGCAGCCUCAGUGUUCAUAUCCGAGGAUCCGGAAGAUUCGUGCAUGGAAUCGUCGGGCAUAUUCACGGAUGUCGAGAAUAGAUGUGACGAUGAUUUGGCGCAAAUGCGGCGUCAGGACACACAAGACGCAAUGUUGGAUAUGUCGCCGGAAGGUGAGGGCGAUGAUUCCACCGAAACAGUGAAAAGCAAUCGGGAAGCCAGCAAAAAUGCCAAUGGGGGCGAGCGCGCAAACGCAAAUAAAAGUGAAAUUAAUGCCGGCGACGACAUAAUUGUAAACACAAUGGCGCGAAAUGUUGCCGCUACAACACUCGGUCAAGGUCAAUUGAGUAACAGCCAAACCUCUUCUACAAUACAUAGCAGCAUGAGCACCGAUCGCCUCUCCGCAGCGACGCUCUCCAAUCGCACUUCAUACUGCAGUGUCGACGGCAACACAGUGAACGCGGACUGCAAAAGCUUUUCAUCGCUGGAAGAAGCUUUUGAUGAGAGCACCUCGGCGCACAAUAUCAGCGGCACAAUCAACACCACGUUUCUAAGUCCAGCAAGCACUGAGUGCGCAAAACACUCACCGCUCUCCACGACUGGAAACGAAGAGUGCGCUGACUGCAUCAACAGUCGGUGUGGCGACGAUAGCAUGGCUAGAGCUGAUACACAACAGCACGCGUCAGUGCAUAGAGUAACUCCAUCGUCUAAACACAUAUCUUUAAAUUCGCUCUCGACAGUUGCGGCAAAAAGCGCCGCAUUUGGUGGUGCUAAAUUAGAAAACGACGAAAACAGAUUCGUUUUAGGUUUGUCGGCAUCGCGCGGGCGUGUACUAAUUGAAAGGGAAACACUUUCGGAAUCGGGUACGGCUGGCACAAAAGUAGCCUGCGCCUCCUCAUCAUCUUCAACGACCUCGUUAUCUUUAGACAACCAAAGCAGCAACAACAGUAAGAACAUACAACGAUACGCAUUAGAGGCCGUAGCUGUAGCUGCCGCAAAAGCCACAAACGCCGCGGGUGGCACAAACAAACGAACGUCGCGCACGUCGAAAUUCGCAUCCGCGCAUAAUUCGCCCAAACAAUACGCAUCGAGCGGGUCGGUCGCGAGUGUAAUUGAUAGCGGUACGCCAGCAUCGAGUGUGCGCAAAAAGCAGACACCCAACAAAUGGGAUGCAGUGAUGAAUAAAAUUCAAAGUAACAAAGGGCUGCCUAAGAAAAAUUUAAAAGAAGUGAAAUCAAAAGUGUCAACAUUACGCCCCAGUAAUGGGGUAAGUGUUGCGAGCGGUGCUGUUGGCAACGUUGCCACAAAGGGCGGGUCGGGUCGAUUGAAUGUCGGUGGUACACAGGCGCGCUCAAGCGCCAACUCCACACCACUAAUACGCCGUUCGCCAACCUCAACUACUGGGAGCGGCACCAUGAGUCCGCGCACCAAUAGGAUGUUGUUGCCGCUGCGGCCAACGGAUAACGGCACACAACGCAGCGGUAGCGGCAGUCCAACAACAGCGCAACAAGUGACAAAGCGACUGUUCCAGGGAGUUGCCGCUAAGCGGUAAGUUUCAGCCAAGGCGAAUUUAU